AAAGUACGUAGAUCUACGUACUUUUCAUGUGCAAAAUUUACCAAUUCUACGUAAUUUUAUCAUCGUGGCUACGCCUUUUUCAAAAUCCGAGUUGGCAACACUGUCUGUGUGUGAAUCUGUGUAAAACCGAGAGAACAUCAGAGAACAUUCUUUGCCAAAAACUUGGAAAAUACGGAAAAUACUGAAUUACUGAGGAAAAAUACAGACAUUGAGAGAUAUAAAAAUCUACAUUCAAUCGUAACAUAAUGGGAAAAGGCAAGAAAGGAAAAGGUGGGUCCAGCAAGGACUCAGCAUCAGUUCAGGAGGCCGCCAGUUCUUUGGCGUCACUUAGUAUCAAUCCUUCGACAUCACAACCUGCUGCUGAUGUUGAAGAAGAAUUCUCUGGUUUAACUGGAGCCCCCUCCAAACGAAAUAAACCUAAGAAAGAGAAAAAGCAAGAGCCAAUUACUGGACCCUCAGCUUCUAGCGAUGUUGCUACUAGUACAAGUGCUGUUGAGACACCGCCCUUAAAAGAAGAAACAAAAGUGGAAGAAGAAGAAGGUGGAUUAGGUCUUGGUCUUGGUGGAGGAAAGAGGAGACCGCGGAAAAGUGGGAAAAAACAAGCUUCCGCGGCUGUUUCGGAUCAACCAACCGAACCACCACCACAGCAAGCACAAGCUGCCCCAAGAGGACCAGCUCCUCAAAGAGGACCACCUCAAGGAGGGCCACCGUACCAAGUUGGACCACCUCAAGGAGGACAUCCUUACCAAGCUGGACCACCUCAAGGCGGAAUACCUUACCAAGCUGGCCCACCUCCCCAAAGAGGGCCACCUUCUCAAUGGGGAGCCCCUUCUGCAAAAGAACCACUUUCACAAGGAGCACCAUCAAUUGAUAUCCAAAGGGGAGUUCCUGGAGGUCAGCCUUCACAGCCACCGCCACAUUAUCCUCAGCCUAGUCCUGCUGGUGCAGGUCGAGGUCGGGGUGCAGGGCGAGGGCGUGGAGCUGGUGACAACCGUGGACAAGUACCUAGCCAGCCAGUCAGACCUGGUUCAUCACCAUACGAACAACCCCCCGCUACAUCUGCGGCGCCACCCGCUCCCAGCCAAUCUUAUCCUACUGCUCCUCAAACCACUGUGACUCCGUACGCAAAAACCAGCGGUUCAGACACAGCCCUAUGCCGCUUCAAAGUUCCCAAAAAGAUUUUAGGAAACACUGUACCCGUUAGGCAUAUACAAGUGAUCACCAACUACUUACAAAUGUCAUUCAAGCCACUAAAAAUUUUUCGAUAUGAUGUGUCCUUCAAACCAGAUAGGCCCAAGAAAGCAAUACCUAAAGCUUUUGUGCAAUCCAAAAACAAGCACUUUAAAAAUGCUGUUAUAGCAUUUGAUCAAAUGAAGAACUGUUAUAGCGUCGAAAAGCUGCCGAAUGUUUCACAAAAUGACCGUUUCCUCACUAAUGUGGAGAUUGUAGACAAUAAUGGUAAAACAAUGAGUUUUGAAGUUUCUUACAAAUUCACUGGUAUAGUGGAUUUAGGUACAAUAUUGACAUAUAUGCAAACUGGCGGCACCUCUCUUAGUCCACCUACUGAGGCGAUACAGUGUGUAGACGUCAUAUUACGGCAGGGCACGUUGGAGUCUUACGUGAAGGCUGGCCGUCAAUUUUUCCUGAGACCUGCUAAACCAAUUGAUCUUGGCGAUGGUUUGGAAAUGUGGACUGGAUUGUUCCAAUCUGCAAUUUUCACUUCCAUGCCCUUCGUUAACAUUGAUGUUGCUCAUAAAGGAUUCCCUAGGCAACAGCCCUUGGUCGAAGCGUUGCAACGUGACUUCAGAUUGGAUCCAGCUAGACCUUUGGAAACACAGAGAGGACGGGGCAACGAAAACUUCCAACACUUCCUAAAAGGACUGCGAGUGGUGGCUAUGGUGGGUGGAGACAGAUCUACUUCGGGCCAGAAGCGAGAAUUCAUUGUCAACGGUCUCGCUGGCCCGGCUACUAAGGAGAGAUUUUCCUUCGAUGAUCCAAACACUGGAGCGAAGAAAUCCAUGUCGGUGGCUGAAUACUUUAUUCGUGUGAAGGGUGUGAGGCUCCAAUAUCCUGAUCUUAACUGCCUUUGGGUAGGUCCUCGGGAGAAGACUAUUUACUAUCCAAUGGAGCUCCUCGAAGUAGCUUAUGGGCAGGCUCAAAAUAAGCAAUUGAAUGAGAGGCAACUAGCGACCAUGGUCAGACAAGCGGCUACUCCUCCUGAUGAGCGCAAAAGAAAAAUAGAAGAGGUUAUAAGGAACAUGAAUUACUCGAACAACCCAACGUUCCAAAAAUUCGGAUUGAAGAUAUCUAAUGAGUUCUAUCCAGUGAAAGCUAAAAUUUUGAUACCACCGAAACUGGAUUGCGGUGGGGGGCAGAUAAUUGAACCCAGGAAAGGCCAAUGGCAAGCUAAUCAGGUGCAUCGCCCCGAAGCUUUGCAAUCGUGGGGUUUCAUUGCGCUAGAGUGUGAUUCGAGAAGAUGCAACUUUGACAACAUUAUAGAUAUGAUGAUGAAAAUGGGACGGCAGAUGGGCAUGGCUGUAUCUACUCCAUCAUUGGUUCGACCUAAUGUCAACAUGCGUGAGUUGCAGACUGUUCUGUUCUCUGCGUUGGAGAAAGAAGUGAAAUUCCUAUUCAUCAUCGUUUCUAGCAGAGGAAGGGAUUAUUAUCAUAGGGUAAAACAAUUGGCGGAACGUGAUGUUGGAAUACUCACUCAAUGUAUAAAAGAACAGACAGCAGAGACUAGGAUGAAUGCACAGACGGUAAAGAAUAUACUUUUAAAGGUUAAUUCGAAGUUGAUGGGCAUAAACCAAGUAUUAGAUGGGCGAAGCAUACCGAAGUGUAUCAGGGACGGUGGAGUCAUGGUUGUAGGCGCUGACGUCACGCAUCCGUCUCCAGAUCAAAGUGCUAUACCCAGUAUCGCGGCUGUAACAGCUUCAAUCGAUACGAAAUGUUUCAUGUACAACAUUGAACUUAGCAUUCAAACGCCAAAGAAAGAGAUGAUCGUCGAGUUUGAAGAUAUGAUGGUUGAUCACCUGAAAGUGUAUCGCCAGAAUCAGAAAGCUCUUCCGAGGAAAAUUUUCGUGUUUCGUGAUGGCGUAUCUGAGGGACAAUUUGCCCAGGUUAUGAACAGUGAACUGCAAGCGGUCCACAAUGCCUAUAGAACUCUAGCCGGUCCAAACGCGAAACCGGAAGUAUUGUUCCUGCUCGUACAGAAACGGCAUCAUACGAGGUUGUUCGUGCCAAAUAGUUCACAGAACGUCGAUCCCGGAACUGUGGUGGACACCGAUAUAGUCCACGCUAGCGAACUGGACUUUUAUCUGGUGUCGCAUCAAGCCAUAAAGGGUACGGCUCGGCCCACCCGUUACCACGCCGUAUGCAACGACGGUCAUAUCCCCCACGACGAAGUGGAACAACUCACCUAUUAUCUGUGCCACCUGUAUUCUCGUUGUAUGCGUGCCGUCUCAUACCCCACGCCCACUUACUACGCUCACCUGGCGUGCUUGCGGGCGAGGUCACUGACCCAUGGCGAGAGAUUCGACAAUCAGGAGUUGGAGCGCCGUCCCAAACGUCUGCGCGUAAUGGACAAGAUCUUGCAGUAUAGCCGCAUGUUCUUCGUCUAAUUUUACUUGUAACCUACGAAUUUAUGUGUAUCAACCAUAGACAUAGGAACUGGAAUGUGUUCGACUCUCAUGAAAUCGACAACGCUCGAGAAAGGGGGGAAAAACAGUAAAUAGAUGAACUGAGGCUGUUAGCACAAAAGUGGCCUUACCCUCAAUUAUUCAUAUUCUGAUUCAUCUUCUACAAUGAAAUAAAAAUGUGUUAAAAUUUAAUUCAAAAUCUCUUGUUUCACCAGGCGUCCAUAGAUGGCGUUGCAAA